UUCAAAAGGAUCCGGGAAACGUUUAGGCGGAGGAUAAGGUUCACAAUUAGGAAAAAGCCGGGACUGAAGCUGUUUAAAAAUCAUCCGUCAUGGUUCAGGAGUUUCACAUCCUCAGAUGCUUCAAAUGUCAGAGCUUCCAGGUUCAACAGGUGAAGAAGAUGAACAGGUGGAUCUGCAAACUGUGUGGAGAGAAACAGUCACUGGUCAAGGAAUUUGGGCGGGGCCCUGGGGCUGACUGUAGACGUCACGUUCAGAAACUGAAUGCCAUGAGAGGAGCCAAAAUGGAGGAGCAGGAGGCCAACAUCUGGAAACGGGUGGGGCCAGACAGGGAAGAGGAGGCUGAGGCAGAAACCGGCCACCAGUUGGGAACACCCAGACAGGUGAAACAGGCUCAGGUGAGCCGCUGGAGCAAAUACCUGGACCCACCUGAGGAAGCAGAGCCAUGGAAAGAAGAGAAGGAUGUUUUGAUGUACAGACAGAAGCUCCAUGGCAACAAAAUAACUGACAGGAAAAGAAGAGGUGGCUGGGCACUUGAGCAGGCACACUGCUCCAGUCUGAAACUAUGUAGACUUUCAGCCACAACCAGUCCUCCCUGUCUGAAAACCACCAGUCCAAACCAGUCCAGUCUUUCCAGUAAGAAGAGUAUUAAUCCUCCCAGUGUGAUCCAGUCCAGUCUUCCCUGUAGGAGUACUACUCCGGUCUCUAAGUGGGAUCCUUUUCUCAGUUCUGAUUGUCAGGGGCAGGAAGGGGAAGAGUCAGUGGGUGGAGCCACUUAUCUGCCCUGCUAUGAUGUAAUCGGCAGGGCCUCCCUCCCCCCUCCUGUUUCCUCCAUGUUUGAGAGCAGGGAGGAUUUCAGCUUCGAUGAUGAGUUUCUGACAGACUAACGUGAGGAAGAACAGUUCUUUUAGUUUAUUCUGCUGUUAUACAGAAGUGACUACAGACUGCUUAAUUCAGUUAUGUUGAACAACUGAACAGUGACUGACACGCUGUCACUUUAUAAGAUGCAAGAAUGUCAGUGAGAAUCGGUUCAAUUCCACAACUGCUGUGCUGACUUUCAGUUGAUUAGUCCACUACUGAUUUAGGUGUUUGAGAUUUUCUAUUAGUCAAGUAACAACUAAGGAACGGUCUGUUGAAUGAUCAAUUGUUUUUGGGCCUCUAUUAUAUAAUGACCAUUGUUGGUCAGAUGAUAUUUGGUGAGCUUUGUACAUUCUAUUUAUAUUUUUGUUAUUUGUUGUGAUGCCUGAGUCAAAAUAAACUUCACUUUAAAAAUCUUUA